AUGAAGAAACCUGGGGAAUGUGGCCUUUUAAUGGACACAACCUCAUCUUUCACCUGGAGUUCUGUUCAUAACAAAGACAAGAACAUAGGUGAAAGGUCACCCAUGGAAGUCAAAGGUGAGAGAAACCCUCGAAGGAGAGACAUCCAACAGAUGUCUCCAGAUACCGUAGUGGGAAACUCUGCUGCCAUGACUGCACCCAGACUUCCUGGAAUACUGGCGGAAGUGAGAGAAGAAAAAGAUAGCAGACCUUUGACAGAGAAGCAAGGACUACUGUACCCAUUUCAUGGUCUCCACUUAAAUGCCUCUGUCACUGACAAGGACUUGCUCAUCUCCAAGUUCCACUGGCUGCUUGGCUUCCAGCUUAACCCAGCCAGCUGUGCCUUCUUCCUGGACAUGACCAGCUGGAACUUACAAGCAGCAAUGGGUGUCUGUUAUGACUUCAUCAGUGUGCCCUCUACAUCCUUUGAUGUCACCAUAGGAGAAGGGGAGUCAGUACCUCCUGAUACUCAGUUUGCAAAACCAUGGCAGGUGCAGCGUUCUGGAGCAGAAUAUGGAGCUGACAUCUGGGUGAUUCUCAGUGUGGGGGUGGGUGGACUUUUAGGAGUAACACAGCAGCUGUCAUGUUUUGAGACGGAGUUCAACACACAGCUGCAUCGCAAGGUAGAAGGAAACUUCAACCCCUUUUCCUCUCCCCCAAAGAACCGACAAUCAGAUGAAAACAACUUAAAACACCCUGGGGGUUCCAGGUUCAACUCAAUCAGCAAAAACACAUGGGCUCUUGCUCCUGACCAAACCAAGCAAGAUCAGGAUAGAUUCUUACAGAACUCUGUAAAUGUGUCCCCCAGCAGUCACCCAAGCAACUUAUCAGUAGUAGUGACUUGGAGUAAGGCUCAAAAGAGUGUAGUAACAGGGAGGAAGAAGAGUUCCAGUUUUGCAGGAAAUAAUGAACCAAAGAGGGACCGUAAAUAUUCAGGAUGUAAUUGGAAAAUCAGAAGCUUGGAUGUCACAUAUAGCACACCCAAACACCGCUUAUGCAAAGAAAGGGUGCCAGAAAGCAAAUGUGCCUGCAGAUGGCCCAUCAGGAAGCAGCAGGUAGCCCCUGGGCACUGCAAGGGCAGCCAAGCCAAGGGACAGGACGAGGACAGCACAGAUCUCGAGAGUGACUUGGGCUGGCCACAAGGAUGCGGCCGCGCGGGAAGCCCCGGCUCCCUGCCCCAGGGGUCCAUCGCUUCGGCCCGCCUGCCUGCUUCCUGGUCUGCUGCCUCUGCCCCGCCCCCUCCCUGCCCCCGGUUUGCCAGCCUGAGGCCAGGGGCAGCUGCCCCGACUGUGGCCUUCGCAGGUCUCUUGGUGCCUUAA